CUGCUCAGCAUGGCCCAUGGUGAAGCCACGCGUCUUGUGCCUUCACGGCCGUGGGCUGAACAGCGCCUACUUCCGUGGUCAGCUUCUAGGGCUGAUCCGCCGAAACCCCGAAUUGGAUUUCUUCUUUCUGGAAGGACACCUACCAGCAGAGGUGGCGCCUGAAGCUCUGGGCACCUGGCGGGUGGCGUUGAAGCCACAGCAACGACGGGCCUGGCAGUACUUCACCCUCUGCAGCGACGUGGCGCAACGCGGCGCGGAGCCAGCGAAUCGCUGGAAGGCGGGGCAUGACGCAGCGGAAGGUUUUCAGCAUGUCUGGGAGGAGGCGCUGCGCGAAAGCCGCCUGGCCGGCGGCUUCUACGCCAGCGUGGGCUUCAGUCAGGGCGCCAACGUGGCGGCAGCCUUGCUGGCGAAGCAGGCUGCCUCGCAUGAGACGUUGGGCUUGCGCUGCUCCGUGAAUUUGUGCGGCGGCAUCUGGGGCUUUUGGAGCGAUGGCUGCUCGAUGGUCACAGGUGAAAGUGCACCCAGCCUGCCUUUGCGGGGCGUUGCCUCGUUGCACAUCUUGGGCCUCACGGAUCCCUACCUGGCGCAGUCCAAAUCCUUAGUGGAAGGCUAUGCCCCUGAGAACUGCGAACGCCGUGUUCUAGAGCACUCUGGGGGACACACGCCCUUCCCGCUCGAAAGACCGCAGCGGGAAGAGAUCAUGGACGAAGUCAGCAAGUUUCUGAAGAAAUAUGCUGAGACAGCCUCCCCCGACCUGGGAGCCGCGCCAGGGCGGAGGACGCAGCCGAUGCAGCCGUCAGAGUUGGAGACGGCAUCUUCCGAGUUGGCUUCCGAUAACUUUGACCGGCGCUGCAUGUCCAACAAAAUCACCACGGAAGUGCCCACGCUGCUGCUACGGCAUCCCAUCCGCGAGCGCCUUGGACAUCGACUGGACGGUCUCCAUUGGUUGGCCACGCUGCACGACAAAGACUUCAACGGCAUCCUGGCAGAUGAGAUGGGUUUGGGCAAGACCAUCAUGACCAUUGCCCUCCUUGCGCACCUAGCCAUUCAGAAAGAAGUUUGGGGCCCUCAUCUCAUCGUGGUUCCAAGCUCUGUGCUACUGAAUUGGGUCAAGGAGCUCAAGAAAUGGACACCAGGUUUGAAAGUCUGCGCCUACUUCGGCGAUUUGGAGGAGCGUCGUUUGAAACGUCGCGGCUGGGGCGUGGAAGAUGCAUUCCACGUCUGCGUGGUGUCGUAUAGUGUGGCUUUGCAGGAUGUGCGGUUCUUGAAAAGAAGGCGCUGGUAUUACAUGAUCCUGGACGAGGCACAGCACAUCAAGAAUUGUCGUUCCCAGAAGUGGCAACAGUUGAUGCGUUUCAACACGGAGCGCCGCCUGUUGCUCACUGGAACGCCCUUGCAGAACAAUCUCACUGAGCUAUGGUCCUUGAUGCACUUCCUCAUGCCAGACAUGUUUCAGUCUUACCAUGACUUCAAGGAGUUCUUCUCUGAUCCCUUGCAAUUGGCCUUACAUGAGAAGAGGGUGGAUCAAGAGCAGGACUUGGUGGCUCGCUUGCACAAAGUCUUGCGACCGUUUCUGCUCAGGAGGCUGAAAAGUGAAGUGGAACGUCAAUUGCCAAACAAGCACGAGUAUGUGGUGCGAUGUCCCCUGUCGCGACGGCAGCAGGUCCUCUAUGAGGAGUUCAUGCAGAGGUGUGAGACGCAACGCGUGCUGAAGAAGGGGGACUACCUCAGCAUGAUGGGUAUCUUGAUGCAGCUCCGGAAGGUCUGCAAUCACCCCGAGCUCUUCGAACCGAGAUGUGCUGUCACGGCCUUCGUCAUGUGCCAAUUGGAGUUCCAGCUGCCGGGUGACGUGCUGCUGGCGCUUUGGCAGUGCAUUGCUGGACGGCGGCCUGGGGAGGAGAACUUUUGCUCGCUGCUGAUGCCCUUGCUGUCACUGUGGCGAUUGGAGCUUUCCAUGAUGCAGCUGUCGCGUGCUGAUCUGCCCUUGAAUGAGGUCAUUGAAGUGGAGCUUCCAAUGAAACGCAGGCGGAUCAUGCCAACAUUGCCAGCCUCACCGUUGAGGAAGCACCUGUCGCCACAGAGCCAGCGAUUUCUAGAUGAGUCGUAUUUGGCCCAUCUCGGACAAGAGGAAGAGCGGCGGGAUCAGCGGCGGAGCGUGGCAGUUGCGGUGGACUAUUUGAUGUGGCUCGUCAUGCAGGGACGGCCCUGGAUUGGAAGCAACGGCCUGCAGCUGUUGUCCCAAUGUGUUUCAUCGUCACUGUGUUCUCGAGGACGACGGAGCUUCCUUUGGCCCGAGCCUAGGAGAAGUAGCUCCGUUUUCUGUGAUGCACGGUCUGCAGGUGGAUGGGAGUGCUCUGGAAAACUUGUCCGGUGCCAUCUAUGGCGAUCUGCUGAUGAACUGGCGCAGCCGUUUGGGCCUCUGGGCCUUCUGUGUGUCCAAAGUCCAGGUGUACACCUCAUCCUUCGCCACGACACCGUCGGAUCCAAUGCUGGGCCAUGUGAGGUUGGUCCCUCAUUUAAGUGCCAUGCAACUGGCACCGUGGCUGCGCUUCCAACAGCUCUCGGCCCUUUGUUCAAAGCGGAUAUGCUCAGGCGCUGGUGGUCCCGUGGCCGAUGCGCUUGCAGGGCCCUUGCGUUGCCAUUUGCCGGAGAAGCACUAUUUGGAGUCCGACUGUGGCAAGCUGCGCGCCCUUGCUGGACUGCUACAGCGCUUCAAGGAGCGGAAAGACAAAUGCAUCAUUUUCACACAGUUCAUCAAGAUGCUGGACGUGUUGGAAGCCUUCGUUUGCUAUCAUCGCUUGACCUAUCUCCGCUUGGACGGAAGUGUGAAGGUGGACGUGCGGCAAGACUUGGUGGAUCGCUUCAACGAGGACGAACGCGUGUUCCUCUUCAUUUGCUCCACCCGUGCUGGAGGUGUUGGAAUCAACCUGACCAGUGCGAAUGUGGUGAUUUUCUACGACUCCGAUUGGAACCCUGCCAUGGACCGGCAGGCCACGGAUCGGGCGCAUCGCAUCGGUCAACAGCGCGAGGUGCACAUCUAUCGCUUGAUCAGCGAACACACGGUGGAGGAAAACAUUUGGCAGAGACAACUGCAGAAGCGCGCGCUGGAUGA